AUGUCGACCAAAAGUGGUUCGACAGCUUCUACAGAACAGAAUACGGUACAAUAUGCGAAUCCUUACUUAGGACAACAAUCUGCAAAUACGUCAAUGGCGUCAGAGAAAAGUGAUGCAUCUCGUCCUACACUUCACUAUCCGACCGUUUGCGUCCAAGUGCCUCGAGCUCCUGCAUCACAAGUUUCGGCACCUCCAAGUGGUGUUUCAUAUGCCAUUCCCUUUCCAAAACCGAUCCAAUACUCUGCUACGCAAUUACACUAUGAGAAUAUGAAACAUCGUUGUAAGAUGUUGGACUCGGAGAAUCAACGUUUGAUGCGAGUACAAAAUGAGUUGAUCUUAGAUGCAAAUCGAAGAGUUGAGAAUUCCAAGUGGGAAUUUAUCGAAGUUCAAAACUUCGAUUUUCAGAUGCAUGUUAAUGAAAUCCGUAUGUUAAAGGAGGACAACAAAAAGUUGACAACUACAAACAAGGAGCUUCGAGAUCUCUGCUGCUACCUUGACGACGACCGUCAAAAGACUCGCCGAUUAGCUCGAGAAUGGCAGAAAUUUGGAAGAUAUUCCAGUCAGGUUAUGAAACAGGAAAUGUCUCUAUACCAACAACGCUUACGAGAGGUGGAAGAGCGCCAUAACGAGACUCUUCGAGAAAAUGAGGAGCUUAAGCAACUAUGUCUUUAUCUAGAUGAACAAAGGCAACGGUACGCGGUCUAUCAUGCUGAGGAUGAUAAGGAGAGCGAGGAUUUGGGAUGCGGAAGCAGUGAAAGAAGUGAGGAGUGCGACGAUUCCAAGGACGUAUGUGAUAAUCCAUCCAUUAAUCAUCAAAAGGAACAUACUUUACGUAUGCUCUGCCAAAGGAUUGGAACACCAGCUGACGACAGCACUCACCUGUCAUCAGUCGACCAGACAGCAGACGCUGAACGUCUUGUCAAUUACAUUCAGUCACUAGAGGGACGUAUAAAGCAAUUGGAGAGGGCCAGCCAACAGACUGGUCUCUGGCAUUCUGCAUGUACGUUACUAUCAGAAAGCGAUGAGAAGACGAUCAUCGAUAGAUGCGAUGAGCUUUGUAAUGAAACGAAUUUGGAAAAAGUUGCCCCCCUAAAUCAUAAGGCUAUGCAAAUAUCCUCUUGUAGUACAAUGACCACUUCUGGAACAACAUAUGCGAGUUCAGAGACAGACAUGGAGAGCGCCGUCUAUGUAAUGGGCGAUGAGACUGACGAAAUUGGAGCACUAGAAGUGCGAUCAUUGACUCGAAUAGAGGAAGAUGGUGAAGACAAGGAGAAAUCUCAAGAUGAUAUU